GAAGUUAGAAUACACUAAUGGGAAUCAAACCCAUUCUUCUAUUAACACAUUUCCUCUGAGUUUGACUGUUCUAAAACUUAAAGAAAGGCUUGAGUUAAUAACGGGCUAUAGCUAUACCUCUAUGAAAUUAACUUUGUACGAUAAAAAUAAUAAAGUAUCUGAUUUGGAAGACGAUGGCAAACUCUUAAAAGAUUACUCUUUAGCAAAUUACAUGGUUUUAGAAGUAAUCGGAUCUAAGUCGAUGGUUGACUCUAAUCAAGAAAUUUUGAAGUACGAGAUGAGCGAUGAGGUUUACGAUAAGUUACCUGGUACAGUGAGAGAUUUUAAAAGGCUUCAACGUUUAGGUAGAUUCGCAAUCGACCCCGAUGUUAAGAAUAUAUCUCACUAUGUUGGGAAUAAUGAAGCUGAAAGCUUUCAAGUCGGUAGCCGUUGCGAAGUGAAAGUGCCUGGCGAGUCGAUUAGACGUGGAUGCGUAAAAUUUGUGGGGCAAACCGAAUUUCAGACGGGCUAUUGGAUUGGCGUAGAAUUUGACGAACCUCAAGGAAAGAAUGAUGGAAGCAUUAACGGAAUUCGUUACUUUUCCUGCCCUCCACAGCAUGGCGGAUUUGUCCGUCCCCAUUUUGUUACGACUGGCGAUUUUCCUGAAUUUGAAAACAGCGAUGAGGAACUUUAAUAAAUAUUUUUGUUUGCUCAGUCAUUAU